ACGAGAAGGAUCUUUGUGAUGAGCCGCCUUGUGCUGCUCCUGCUCGUGAUAGCGCUGCUUGUGCUUGUCCAGGUGAAAGGCGCACCCGAGAGUGAAUUAGUGUCGAGAUUGCCCGGGCAGCCGCACGUUUCGUUUAAGCAGUACGCCGGUUACGUGACUGUUGACAAGAACGCCGGCCGUGCCUUGUUCUACUACUUCGCAGAGGCCGAAACGAGAGCCAGCUCGCAGCCUUUGACCCUCUGGCUAAAUGGAGGGCCUGGUUGUUCCUCGAUUGGUGGAGGAGCAUUUACGGAGCUUGGACCCUUCUAUCCCAAUGCUUCUGGACAAGGGCUGUUAGUAAAUCGACAAGCGUGGAACAAAGUGUCCAAUAUGCUCUUCCUCGAAGCGCCUGCUGGAGUCGGCUGGUCCUAUUCCAACAAAAGUUCCGACUAUGAGCAAGUCACGGACAGGAUAACAGCCGUGGACACGCUAAAUUUUCUUCUCGGUUGGAUGGACAAGUUUCCCGAGUACCAGACGAGAGAUUUCUACAUCACCGGCGAGAGCUACGCAGGGCACUACGUUCCUCAGCUGGCCGAGUUGAUCAUCAAGCACAGCCAAGUCCCUGGAAACUACGCUUUCAGAUUGAAAGGAGUGGCCAUUGGCAAUCCGCUCCUCAACUUGGCCGUGGAUACAUCAGCGAUGUACGAGUACUUUUGGUCGCACGGGCUCAUCUCGGACGAAACAUUCCAGGCGCUUUCCAACUCCUGCAAAUUCGAAGACUAUGAGCUCGGGCUCGCGGACCACAACGUUUCCAACGCAUGCAACGACGGCAUCCUCCAGUCCAACACCGAAGUUGGAAGAUUCAUCAACAAUUACGACGUCAUACUCGACGUCUGCCUUCCAUCAAUCUUCUUGCAGGAAGUGAGGCUCAAGCAACAGAUGGCUCAGAAAAGCUAUGGAGUGGACAUAUGCAUCGACAAGGAGAGGGACGUCUACUUCAACCUUCCAGAGGUGCAAAGAGAACUCCACGCGAACACAACUGGACUUUCAUACUCGUGGAGUAUGUGCACAGGGCCUGUGGACUACGCAAUGCAAGACGGAAGCACAAACAUGGUACCUCUUCUUGGAGACAUCCUCAAAGCGGGACUCCGCGUUUGGAUCUUCAGUGGAGACCAGGACUCCGUAGUCCCUUUGACAGGGACGAGAUCACUCAUUGGAGGCCUGGCAAAAUCGCUGGGAAUGCAAACCACACAACCAUACACGGCAUGGUACCAAGGUGGUCAGGUAGCUGGAUGGACUCAAAGCUAUGGCAACUUGACAUACGCGACAAUACGAGGAGCGGCCCAUAUGGUUCCCUAUGCCCAGCCGGAGCGCGCCUUGCUGCUCUUUCGGUCCUUUAUCCGGGGAAAUGCGUUGCCGAUCAAGAGCGCCUAGAAUCACACACACACUGCAUUCUUUCCAAAAUGUACCUAAAGAGAAUACAGGAAAAGAUCUACCGGAACCCAGACUUUAAGCGAGCUGGUCCCAUGGUGUAGUGGUUAUCACGUCUGCUUUACACGCAGAAGGCCGCGAGUUCGA